AUGGAUGUUGAGGAGAAGGAUAUAAUUGGUGAUUCUGGAGGGCUAUUUGCAGAGCCGGAGGAUUUUUAUGGGUCGCAGCCGGAAUGCCAUUUUACAAAAUAUGUCAGAGAAGAAAUCAGUGAAAGUUCGAAGAGUAAAGUCAAGGAGGUUGCUGUACGUUUAGUUGGUUCUUCGCCCUUAUGGGGCCAUAUUUUGUGGAAUUCUGGGAUAUACACAGCCAAACAUCUGGAUAAGCAUGUUGAAGAAUGCAAGAAUAAAUGUGUUUUGGAAUUGGGGGCCGCUGGGGCAUUACCUUCGUUAAUUUCAGGGUUAAUUGGAGCGAAUAAGGUUGUAUGCACUGAUUAUCCAGAUGCAGAUUUGAUCAGUAACAUGCAGUAUAAUGUGGAUCAUGCACUUUAUUCGGGAGAGAGUUUGUCACGUGACAGUAUGCUUCUUAAGAAACAAUUGGGAGAACGGAAUGUCAUUGUUGAAGGUUAUAUUUGGGGCAAUGAUUAUUCUAAUUUGGUUAAACAUCUUCCAGGAGGUCAAAAUAAGUUUGAUUUAAUAAUUUUGAGCGAUCUUGUGUUCAACCAUACGGAACAUCAUAAGUUGUUGCGCACAACUAAAGACUUAUUGGCGGACGACGGUAAAGCACUUGUGGUAUUUUCUCCACAUAGGCCAUGGUUGUUAGAGAAAGAUCUUGGAUUCUUUGAGACAGCGAAAGAGUAUAGUUUGAAGUCUGAAUUAAUUGAGAUUGCACAUUGGAGACCAAUGUUUGAACAGGAUCCCGGUUCUGAGGAGAUCAGAUCUAGAGUAUAUGCCUAUUACUUGAUACAUGAUACUUGA